AAAACACUCAAAUAGAUGAUAUUACCCACAACUCACCGCGAGGGGGCGGACUUUACUGAUGUCGACGCAGCAUUGUGGCUACUCGAUCCGUCCCGGAAACACGAUUUGUUCCGCGCAUGCGCGAAACUGACGUCACUUCCUGUUAUCGCCGACGUUUUACGACAGUCUUCUCGACCUGGGACCAGCUCGGAAUCUGGCAGGGGUGCAUUUCUCGGCAUUACACCUGUUCCGGGCGUCUUCGAAUUUUAUCAUCAAAGACACAUUGCAAGCUUCAUUGACCCAGGAUCCUGGACUGAAAAAACAGGAAGAGACCUUGAGUUUUUUCCUCAACAGUCCAGUGGGGAUUCUUGUGGUGUCUACAUGCUGAUGUAUGCUCUCAGCAUCUGCACAUCAUGUCCCUUAACAUUCACAGAGGAGGAGGUGCCAUUGAUUCGCCAGUGGUGGUGCAUUAACCUCAUGGAAAGAUUUUGCCUAGAAGGGCAUGGACAGAGGUUUGCAUACUGGACCGAAGAAGCAUCCCAACUCCUUCAGGGGAUCGUUGAGCCUGUGUUUAGGGUGUCGAAAUUCACCACCACCAAACUGUCACCCAGCAGAAGAGUUGUGGAUGACAAGGACAUUGAUAAGGUGCAGCAGCCAACCAUUGUCCGAGACCUAAAUACAGCGUGGUACUGGGUACAGAAUCACAGACACUUAUUCCGUGGGGAGGUGACAGAGCCUGCCUUUUUGCAGAUGAACAGGGGUGAUCAACAAAAUGCCAUCAAGAACCUCUUGGGGGGUCAAUUCUCUGAGGCGAAGGAUGCCUUUUUGUUUAUAUUUCAUUACCAAGAAGACAUGGAAACAUUUUUGUCGUACUGUGUUGAUGACCAAGGCCUAAAGGUCAAUGCUAUGUUCUACAAAGAGAAAUGUAGUGUGUGAGUGUGUGUGCGCGUGUGUGAGUGAGUGAGUGUGCGUGAGAGAGAGAGCGUGAGAGAGAGUGUGCGUGUGCGUGUGCGUGCGCGUGCGUGCGCGUGUGCGUGUGUGCGAGAGUGUGCGUGAGUGAGUGAGUGAGCGAGCGAGCGAGCGUGUGUGAGGA